AUGUCGAUCUCCUCCUCUUCCGCCACCGGCGAUGGCGGCGGCGGGAGCACGUCGACCAUCGCCGCCGACACGACGACCGGGUGGCACGAGCUCAAGGUUCCGGGCCACACCAAGACCAAGGGAGGCGUCGGCAAGGGCAUCAACUCCGCCACGUUCAUCGUCGGAGGGCACAGCUGGUACAUCAGAUACUACCCCGACGGGAACAACGAGAAGAGCACCGAUUGGGUAUCCGUCUACCUCUACCUCUCAGAGUCUGCCGCCGCCGUCGAUGGCGACGUCAAGGCGAGUUACAAGUUCAGUAUCAUCGACGACGACGCCGACGCCGGUGAGGACCUCUCAUCUUACACCAGGACGGGCAGUUACUCCUUUUGGAGCCCAGGGAAGCCACGGGGGUACUAUCAGUUCGUCAAGGCGACGGACAUGGAGUCUUCUCUCAAAGGCCACAGUUUCCGGAUCAGAUGCGAUGUCACCGUCAUGAAGGAGACCUGCGUGGAUCCCACUGCUGCCAAGUCUCUCACCGUGCCACCGUCAGACCUGCACCAGCAUCUCGGCGCACUUCUGGAGAGCGAGGUGGGAGGGGACGUGACGUUCGAUGUCGGCGGCGAGCAGUUUACGGCGCACAAGUACGUGCUCGCUGCGCGGUCGCCGGUCCUCAUGGCAGAGCUCUUUGGUCCGAUGAAGGAGAACACCAUGUCCAGUUUACAGGUUCAUGAUGUGGAGCCGAGAGUGUUCAAGGCCAUGCUCCACUUCAUCUACAACGACUCGCUGCCGGAGAUAGACGAGGAUGAUGAGGUUGGGAUGGCGCAGCAUCUGCUGGUGGCGGCGGAUAAGUAUGGCUUGCAGAGGCUGAAGGUUAUGUGUGAGGCCAUGCUGCUCAAACACGUCGACACAAGCGCUGUGGCGACUACGCUAACAUUGGCUGAGCAGCAUGGUUGUGAAGGGCUCAAGGAGGGAUGCUUCAGGUUCAUGAGAUAUCCUGGCAAUACGAAGGCGGUCAUGGCGAGCGAGGGAUUUCAGCAUCUGAGGACCAGUUGCCCCUUUCUUAUUGAGGAGAUGCUUGCUAAGCUUGCUCCCUGACCCCUUCAACUAGC